AUGGAAGUAGGUUCUGAGACAGGAACACGAGGACUGAGAUCAGAAAUUAAAGAUGGUAAAACUACUGAAUCUAUUCUAGAAGAGGAUGUUGCACCAUAUGAGAAGAGACAUUUGAAGAAGAAUUGGCUGUUGAAUCAAGAAAAGAAUGUGAAGCAUCUGGUAGUUGCAAAAAGUGCAAGCCUCUCCUUUCUUUACCCAUCCCAAUCGUUGUCCAUGUUGAGAG